CACUAUAACACUGUGCUACAAGUGCACAAUGCAGAGCUCUGCCUGGAAGAUCAGGUGUGCUGCUCUGUGCUUCACUCUCUUAUCCAUCACUGGAGUCCAGCUCAGGCCCAUGGGUGAGCAAGAGAAAAUGAUUCAGCUGGAAGCACUGAAGAAGAGCAUAUUGGAUCGCUUGGGCUUGCACAAACCUCCGGUUAUUAGAGAGAAAAUGGACAGAGAUGAAAUCCGCAAGAUGCACUGGUUAUUAUACCAGGAGAAGUUAAUGGAGCUCAGGCAAAACCUUAGCAAGGAGGAGACUCCAGAAAGAAGAGUACAUCUGCUAACACCGAAAUUAGAACGAAGCACAAAGACACGUGAGAUGCAAGGAAGUAACAGUCAUCACUACAACCUGGUGUUCUCUCGGACUCAGACAUUCCAUCUUCAGCUGAACGUCAUGCGAGCACAGCUCAAACUAUGUAAAGAUAUAUUGGCUGCAUGGAGACCAGAAGCAGCAAACUCAUCAUCUAAGGCUGUCGUGAACGUUUAUAAAGUGAUAGAUUCAGAAAAUAACAAUGAGGUGCAAGAACAUAACUUACUAGAUUCUAAACCUGUAGAUACGGACACGCUGACAUUAAAUGUUGGUAGUGCAGUACAGCAGUGGCUUGCAAGUUCUGAGACAUCUCUCCGACUUGAGUUAGUCAUUACAUUGGACAACCCUGUGAGUGAUGGCAGCACAGAAAUGGGAGCAGAUGAUGCCCUUGUAUUAGAGGUAGAAACUCAGGAAAACACAUACUUCAAAACGAGAAAAGCCCGGUCACUUGCUGCAGAUGAGGACUGUAAGAAGAGCGAGAAAAAGUGUUGUCGGAAGUCAUUACUGGUGUCUUUUGAGGAGAUUGGUUGGAGUGAUUGGAUUGUUCAGCCGUCCACCUAUGAGAUGCGAUUUUGUGAUGGGUCUUGUCCACACAACUACAAACCAGCCAGCAUGCAUGCUCAAAUUAAAUACAGAAUGCAUCACAUAAAUGGGAAUACUCCAGCCCCUUGCUGUGUUCCUGGGAGCUAUGAUCCCAUGGUACUCAUGCAUUAUAAUUCUGACCGCAAACUAGUUUUUACGGUCUUCGAGGACAUGAUUGUUAGAAAGUGCCACUGUGCCUAAAGAGCAAUUGAUUUUUUUUCAGCUUUUGACAUUCCAAACCUAUGAUUUAACCUGUGCCACGGAGAUAGUAUCUUUAGGAGCUGCUUCAGAUACGGAACAUCUCUUGUUUACAAACUAUAUUAAGCCACAUGUAGAAAAUUGUGGAGAAAUAACAUAAACAACAACAACAACAAAAAAUCCUGCUCAGCUCAAUUCAGUUUUUACCCGGGCUUCAAGUACGAGCUGACUUUGGUCUGUAACAACUUAUUAAUUCUAAUUCAGAAAGAAACCAUUGGAAGAUACCCUGACAAAAUCAACACUCACAUGGAGUAUCAAUAAAAUGUGGCUCCAACGGAUAUGAAUAUAAAACAGAUGUACGAUAUCUUAUUUAUAGCACUGUGGCACCUUUACACAGCAGAUCUGGAUUGUAAAAUACAGUGAUCCAUGGAAACGAUUUACUAUACAUUGCUUUUCAUUGCUCUCCAUUUGGACAUAAUUGCUGACUGAGCUGAUGUUUUAUAAAAAAAAAAAAAAAAACCUUAUAACAACCAGAAGAUUAGGACUUUUUUUGACAACAGUGCAAAACAGAAUAAUGAUUUUCAGAAAUAAUGCAUUUUCAUGAAUUCAGUUCAAGAGGUAUCAGGAUUGUUAUGUUCAACACAGUCUUUUAAAAGAACAUAUUAUGCAGUUUAUUAAAUACUGUAUACCAUAUUGUUUACAUUGAAAAGUAAGGUAAAAAGACAUGAUAACAUUUAUUUAUCGCAUUAUUGAUCAAAAUCUGGUAAUUUGGGAAUCAAAUCGGAUUUCUCAGGACUGAUAUGGUUAAAAGACAAGUUUUAGACUAAAUUUAGGGUGAGAGAUAAAUUUGUAAGUGAUAACCACUAGCUAAUCAGCUUCUACCUUAAGCCCCGUACACACGCGGAGAGAU